AUGAAAAGAAUACUUAAUUAUUAUGUGUUAAUAAUUUUGUAUUAUUUCGAAAAUGUGGUAUCUGGUUCUAGUGCAGUUGGAAAAUUGACUAAUGUUAUUUAUACAAAUGCGAAUACAAAUAAUACAACGAGUGAACUGAGUAAAUUUCAGUACAUAUUUUUAAAUGAAAAUGAAGACAGUAAUUAUAUAAAUAGUUUACAUAUAGGAGAGAUAAAACUAAAAGAGGAAAUAUACUUUUACAAAAGUUUUACAAAAAUUAUAAAUUAUUUUAAAUAUAGAGUGCCAGCUAAUGUACAUUUUGUUUUUGAAUAUGAUGGGGGUGAUAUAAUAUUAUUAAAAAAUUAUAAGAAUGGUGUUAUAUGUGAAAUUAAUAAUUUAUUUUAUAGUGAAUCAGGUUUAAAAUAUUUUGAUAUGAAGAAAGAAUUGUACGUUAAGAGUGAGAAUUUUUAUAUAAAGAGGUUUGAUGCUUCGGAGUACGAUGAGGAUUCUAAGGGUAGUAAAGACAAUGAUAAAAAUGAUGAUAAUAGUGGUUAUAAUAAUGGGGAUGAUAAUAGGGAUGAUAAUAGGGAUGAUAAUAGGGAUAAUAGUAGUCAUAAUAUUAGGUAUAAUAGUAGUGAUAAUAAUAGUGAUAAUAAUAGCGAUUUAGUACCUAUGGCAGCUAUAUGUAAAAUAAAGAAUACCAAAUUUUUACCUGAAAAAUUAUUAUGUUAUCCGUCUGCACAUGAUCAUAACGAAAUAAAUGCAAUUUUUAUAAAAAAUGAAGAAUAUAAAAAUUUAUUAGAAUUAGCAUUUCCAUAUAUGAAUAAAGAAAAUACAUCUUUACUUAAAAAAAUAUCUAAUUAUUUUAAAAGCUUUGUAAGGAACGAUUUCGAGAAUAUAAACAUUGCUUAUUAUGUUUUUAAUAAAACCAUUGCUUGUAAUUUAAAAGUUUUGUUGGAAAAAAAUGCAAAUAAUUAUAUAGAAGGAAAUCAAAAAGAGACAAAACUAUCAAGAUAUAACGAUGAAAAAAUAGCUAAUAGUAAAAGCUUUUUGUUUAAUUCUCCUUUAUAUAGAAACCAAUUUGGUGAUAAUUAUAUUUUAUGGAAACACAUAAAUAAGAAUAUGACUAAAAUGAAUUUUGAUGUAUGUAAUAAAAUCUAUCUUAAUGAAAAUGAUUAUAAUAAUUGCUAUAAAAAUCUUCGAAAUAUGUAUGAAAUGCUUUUAUAUAAAAAUCCCAUCAUGGACAUAUUUAACAAGUCGAAGAUAAAAAACAUUUCUUCUGUUAAUAGAUAUACUGCUUUUUAUUACAAUAACAAUGACUAUGUUAUAAUAUUAAAAGAUUACAAAUUCCAUGUAUAUUUCAAGGUAAAAAAUAUAAUAGAUUUUGUUCUGUUUGUAGACUCAAACAACGAAAUAGGUUUUUAUUACAUUACUUUGAGUAAGAACAAACAGUUAGUACAUUUGUAUAGGUGUAGUUUAAACUCAAAUGAAGUAAAAUGUAAACAGGUAUCUUUUAUUCCUUAUGAAACUAUAUCACAUGAACAACCAAAAAUAUACUUAUCAACUACACAAAUGAGAGAUAUUUCAACUGUUUUUAUUAGCACACGAACAAAAAUAUGGAAAGUAUAUAAAGAGAAGGAUGGAAUGUACAACAGAAAGAUUAUUGAUUCUAUAAAAAACAUUUAUGAAGAAUAUUUUGGCCAUAUUAAUUGUUAUAUUAUACAAACUACAUAUGAAAGAGAACUUUUAUACAAAUAUUUUAAAAAUGUUUCAAAUACAGUAGAGAAUAUAGCUGGAUGUUCUUAUAUAAAACAUUUCAAUAAUUUUGAGAAUAAACUACUUAUAUCAUUUAUUGAAAAUAAUCAAUUCAUUCAAAGAACAUAUCACAUAAUUAAAAAUGUCAAUUUUAUAAUUUCUAGUGGAAAAACUAAAUUAACCAUAAAAGUAAAUGAACUGUUUGACAUACUUAUGAUGGUCAUUAUUAUCUUUUGUGUACUCUUAAGCGUUUACACCAUAUUUAAAAUUCUAUUUGUUAAUAAAUCAAAGGUGGGACGAAUGAAACAUUACUUUUUUGAUGAUACUAAACAUAGCUUUACAUCGACUAUAGAUCGUUAA